AUGGGGAUUUGUAUAUCGGUGAAGUGCUGUCCGGAUCCAGAACCUCAACCAGACUCCGUCAUAGUGGUAGAAAAUCCACCUCCUCAAAUGCGAUGGCUAUCAGGGGUAUCCUCCGCGUCAAUAACCGCUAUUAAAACAAAAUGGAUUUGUAUUGAGGUUAAGUUUCUACUUGUUGCUGUUACUGUUGACGAACUUCUUAGUCUGACUGCUAAGCCGGAGGUCGUGGACGACAGCACAGAGAAUGUAUAUGCUCGGCCAUCAUUUAUCAAUAUUUAUCUUAUCGUACACCAAACUGGAACCAAUAGCGUCAGUAACGUUAGUGUCAUAUUAAGGACUGUUGCAAAAAGAUAUAAAACAUUUGGUACCUUGUCGUUUCAGUGUGAAGAUAUCUUCAGAGUUAUCAGAAAAUAUUAUAUAAGGUACAAAAAUGGGUUGCUGCUGCAGUUCUGA